AUGGGAAUCAAACCCACGACCCUGACGCCGGAGCCAGUGUCAACGGUGCCACAGCGGCAAAAAAGUGGUGGCGCGGAGGGAUGGGGGGGCGAGGGGGCAUGGGAACACGUCCGCCCCGAGCGGAUGCCGGGCGCGCCGCGCUUUUUCAGCGGCGCGCUGCUCCGGCGACACGCGGCCGCAUUAAGGGGGCCCGGCGAUGGCGGUGCCCUCAGAGCGGGGCAUUCCGCUCGCGUUAUGCCCCCUAAUCGUGGCGGGACGCGGCCGCGCAUCGCAGAUAUGCCGUCGGGGGCGCGCAUGACGUUCUCAUCACCGCGGCCGGCGUUUUUUGGGCGGUCCCCGACCGGGCCGAACCCGAUGCGAGGCACUUCCCACGGCGCGCGGCCGCUUGCGGCCAGGGCUCACGGCGGGCCCUUUUUGCCCGCGCCGCCACGAGCGGCCGCGGCGCGUCGACAAUCGUGCCCGCUGAAUAAUUCAACGAAAUUGCCGAUCGAUCAA